AUGGUCAAACUAACUUCCAUGCCCACAUUUACUUACACCAGGCCAUCCCGUACUGGCACCGGCACCCGCUCGCGCACUGUAACAUACACCGACAAGAACAAAACAGUCCCCGUCCGAGUCACCGCCCACAACGUUAUCGACCUACGCAAAUGGUGCACCAAAAAACGCCCCUCAUACUGGCCCUCGCACCUGAACUGGCCCAAAGACAUCGCCAAGUCCCUCAUCUACACAGUCCCUCGCGACGUCAACACCACUGAAAAGACGAACGUAAAGACUAGCAAUGCUGUGCAGCCCCUACGUAUAAAAGGCUGCUUCACGGGUUGCCAAGGCCUAAACUGCCCCAACCCCAAGCGCAAAGGAAUCAAACGCACAGAUCCCCCAUGCACCUGCAUGAUAACAUCCCACGCAUCCCUAAACAACCCGACCUGGUUCGAAAACAACGUUCGGCUGGAGAAAACAGCUUCUCGCGGCAUCGGCACAAUAGCCCUCUCCACCUUCGCCGUCGGCACCGUGGUCGGCGAGUAUGUGGGCGAGAUAGUUCCUGCAGAAGGGUCUAUGGGGUACUUCAGCCCGUACAUGUUUGAGAUGCGGAAUAACAGGGAGAAUCUUGGGAACAUGGAUGCGUUGAAGGUGGGGAGUUGGACGCGGUUUAUCAAUCAUUCUUGUGAGGCGAAUAUGGCGUUUGAGCUGCAUAGGGUUGGGGCUGAGGUGAGGGUUUUUGUGAGAGUGAGGAGGGAGGUUGCGGCGGGGGAGGAACUGACUGUAAAUUAUGGGAAGGAUUAUUGGCACGGGAUUGGGGUUGAGAAGUGUUGCUGUGGGGAGGAGAGCUGUAUUGGAAAGAAGUGA